UGUUGCUGCUCUCCUUCAUAUCGGUUUAAUGCUCCAUAUUCAUCAGGCGUGAUUGGCUUGUGUGAGGAAUCAGGGCGGUGAACCUCUCUGUCUGCCAUGGCUGCAAACAGCGCGGCCGUGAUGGUUCUGAGCCGGAGCUGGAGGAGCGCAUGAGAGGAGGAGAGGAGAGGAAAGGGUGGGGAAGCGCAAGCAGGAUAGAUGCACGUGUGAGGGAGGAAGUGAGGGAGGGAGGGAGGCAGAGACAGCUCGUUUCAUUCCGCCACUUCGUCAGCAUCCAUCCCGGAGAACGGAUUCUGGGGAAAUGUCAUCAAUCUGACCAGGAGUGGAGGAGAAAAACCCGCGACGCGGAAGGAUUUGCCGGAAAAUUACAGACGCGCUGUCACGCUUCCUCCUUGUGACAGGGGUGUGUGAAAGUUGUCGUCAGGUGGGGGGGUCACUUUUCCAGCAGAUGCUGAAUUCCCCCCCGACGGCAGGAGCGGAGCCGCAAGGAGCGCCGGGAUUGGCUUGCGCCGGAGCCCGUUAGCGCGCAUCCGAGGAGCCUCUCCCUCCCGGCCGGGUUUUUGCGCGUCCGCUCGGUCUGCGCUCCACACAGACCUGCUGCUAGAAAAUAAGACACCUUUUGGACCGAGCCAAGGUGGAAUAUCACCGUAAGAACCAGGAAAGUAAAAAGGGAUUAUGUAGAAAUGUGUUCAAGGACACCCUGUUCAUGAAAAAAAGUAAGUUGUGAUGAGAAUCCGCUCCUCUCUGGGCUUAGACUAGAAGAUUUUUGGGUGAUUUUGUGUUGACGGAGCAGCACUGAGCUCAUCAGACCGCUUUUCUUGUGGACUACUAGGCUUUACUGGUUUGGACAGUAUUUGAGACUUGAGUUUGCGCAGUCACAUGUCCAGAAUGCUGGUUUCUGCUUUGUGCAGCUGCAGUCUUUCCUACAAUACUUGAUCUGUGAAUAAAGGACUUUGCUGGUUCUUCAACACUAGAUACACAUCUAAAUCCAGGACUCCAAAUAGAUAAAAGACACCAAACCAGGACGACAAUAACAAAAGAAGACAGAGAGGACCAGGCCAUGGCUGAGGUGAUGAUUGCUCCUGAAAGUGAACCGUGACAUAAUGGUGGACAGUAUGAGCAAAGCCAUGCCGCACACGGUCGUCUCAUGCUGGCAGCCAUUCCUGGGACUGGCCCUUGUGGCAGUCUUUGUGAGCUCAACCUUGGGAUGUCCCUCCCGCUGUGAGUGUUCAGCACAGAGCAAAGCAGUUGUGUGUCACCGCAAGCGCAUGCCCACCAUCCCGGAUGGCAUUCCAACUGAGACCAGAAUCCUGGACCUGAGCAAAAACAAACUGACAAUGAUCAACCCAGAUGACUUUAUUGCAUUUCCUGGGCUUGAGGAGUUGGACCUAAGUGGAAAUCUUAUCAGCUACGUUGAGCCUGGAGCUUUUAAUGCCCUAUUUAACAUGCACUCACUCAGCCUUAAGAGCAAUCGUAUCAAGCUCAUUCCUCUGGGCGUCUUCACAGCUCUAACAAAUCUUACCCGACUGGAUAUAAGUGAUAACAAGAUAGUAAUCCUACUGGACUAUAUGUUUCAGGACUUGCACAACCUAAAGUUUUUGGAAGUGGGUGACAACGACCUGGUUUAUAUUUCUCACCGUGCAUUCAGUGGACUUUUAAGCCUGGAGACACUCACCUUGGAAAGAUGCAACCUGACCGUUGUUCCCACUGAGGCCCUUUCCCACUUGCACAGUGUGGUCAGCCUCCAUUUACGUUACCUCAGCAUCAGCACUUUUCAUCCAUACUCAUUCAAAAAGUUGUUCAAGCUGAGGCACUUAGAAAUCGACAACUGGCCCUCUCUUGACCAUGUUCCAGCCAAUGCUUUGCAUGGUCUGAACCUGACAACGCUCUUCAUAACCAACACCAACUUGUCAUCUUUCCCCUAUCAAGCUCUUAAGCAUCUGUACUACCUGACACACCUAAACUUGUCUUACAACCGCAUAAGGCACAUUGAAGGCGGAAUGCUGAUGGAGCUAGUCCGGCUGCAAGAGUUGCAUUUGGUCGGUGCUCAGCUGAACGUCAUCGAGCUGUACGCUUUCCAAGGUCUGCGAAAUCUUAAAGUCCUCAACGUGUCUCACAACCAUCUGGAUACAUUAGAAAAGGGAGUGUUUCAGUCUCCGGAAACUCUGAGAGUUCUUCUGAUUAACAACAAUCCAUUGGUUUGCGACUGUCGUCUCAUGUGGAUUUUACAAAAACGUCAAUCUUUGUUUUUGGGGGAUUCGCAGCCAGAAUGCAGCAACCCAGAGAGCAGUCGUGGACAGCCUUUCAAGGAGUUUAAGGAAACGCUUCUGUCCUAUUAUGUGACCUGCACCAAGCCAAAAAUUCGAGAGAAUAAAACUCAAACAGUCACCGUGGAUGAGGGCCAGCAGGCAAUGUUGAGAUGCAGUGCUGAUGGAACACCCAGGCCUAUUGUGUCUUGGUUGUCCCCACGUCGUCGCGUAUUGACGAAUCGGAACCAUGGAAGAGUGAUGGUCCACAACAAUGGCACACUUGAGAUCAAAUCAGCAGAGAUGCAAGAUAGCGGGGUGUACCUUUGUCUUGCCUCCAAUAGUGCUGGGAACGACACCUUGAUGACAUCCCUGGCAGUCAAGAGCCUGGGAUCCCUGUAUGCCAACAGGACCCAGUACUACACAGAUCCCAACAACGCAACUGCCAACGGAACGACCAGCGUGACCCUCGGUUUGGACCUUAAGACUAUUUUAGUGUCGACAGCUAUGGGGUGUUUCACUUUCUUGGGCGUGGUUUUGUUUUGCUUCCUGCUUCUUUUUGUCUGGAGCAGAGGGAAGGGAAAACAUAAAAACAACAUAGAUGUUGAAUAUGUGCCUCGAUCAAAGUCCAACGGCACAAAUGUUGAUUCAGAUGAGGGACAAGCUGGUCCUCGCCGUUUUAACAUGAAAAUGAUGUGAGUACUUUUAUAUAAAGAGAGAAAGAGAGCGGUCUGAGACUGGAUUGUGGAAAUACCCAAAGUACAAUGUAUUUUUCUGAAAAUAGGACAACUGAACUUUUUACCGCUGCAGGGAAAGAAGUUGUCAAAACCUUUAGGGUAUCAAUAUAAUGAGCAGAACCUUAAAGCACUGUAUCUUGACAUAACGCUUGGAUAAUGUGGUACAGAAAUAAUGGAGAAAUGGAAAGAACUCUUAGAUAAUUGCCAGCUGGCAACUUAUCUGAUGAGAAGAGGAAACAGUUGUCAUCAUGCUGACUUGGAAGGAAAAGACAUCAUAUGUCAUCUUUUUGAAAUUUAUAUGGCCAAAAAGAAGCCCUCUGUUUCGGGUUGAUUCUACAGACUCAGCAGGACCAUUGUACAGUACAAAUUUGUAUCUAAGCUAUUAAACUACUUUGUUUAGUCUUGCACCAUGUUAAUUCACAAAAGAAAUCAAUGAAGAAAAACCAUCUUUUCUUUAGUUCCGUACUAUGUGUACCUAAUAUUUCAUUAUGUACAUGUAUGUACAUAUUCAUUUAAAAGAACUAUUCAUAGCAAUAUCCAUGGGAUGGAUGAAUCAACACUGCUGUAAACCCACAUGUUAGGCAGGAACAUUUCUCAGAGUUUCCAUUCAAUCAGGAAGGGCUUUUAUGGCUGAAUAUUUGUCCCUGUUCCUACAAAAACAUAUGGAUGUGAAAGACUAUAAACUAACAAACCCAGAAGAAAAGAGGACUUUACAAAGACCAGUACUUUACUACUGUUCAGGGUCUAAUAUGAUACAGUGAUCAUCAUGCAAAUGAACCAGUAUUGAUCAAAAUACAAGCAUAAGCCAUUUUGUUUGAAUUUUGUCUCAUUUUAUUCCUUUACCUGUAUUUAGCAAACUACGUGUGUCAUUUUUUAUCCAAAAGUGGCAUCUGCAUUGCUUUCCCCUGUUGAAAAUUUGGACUUUGUUGUGGUAGUUCUUCAUUUUGCUGUUGAAUCAUUUAGAUUGUGAAAACUUCAAAAGUCACAGAUAAAAAAUGGAUGUGAAUAAAAUGAAGAUGUAUUUGUAA